CCUUCCCGCCUGGGGACCGAGUGACCUUCAACGGGAAGGAAUGCGUGUGUCAGAAGUGCUCCCUGCCCAAGACAGCGGGUGGCAGUGUGCACCUGUCCCAGGGCCUCUGGAGCUGUGGGGGCUGCGGCACCGAGAUUAAGAAUGGCCAGUCCCUGGUGGCUCUGGACAAGCACUGGCACUUGGGCUGUUUUAAGUGCGAGGCGUGCGGGAAGCAGCUGGACGCCGAGUACAUCAGCAAGGACGGGCUGCCCUACUGCGAGGCCGACUACCACACCAAGUUCGGCAUCCGCUGCGACGGCUGUGAGAAGUACAUCACGGGGCACGUGCUGGAGGCCGGAGAGAAACACUACCACCCCUUGUGCGCGCUAUGCGUCAGGUGCGGCCGGAUGUUUGCGGAAGGCGAGGAGAUGUAUCUUCAAGGUUCCUCCAUCUGGCACCCGGCGUGCCGACAAGCGGCCAGAACUGAAGACAAAAACAAGAUGCAGAACCAGGCUUGCAAUCAGGGCUCCCUGGGCACCGCCCCCUGUGCCUCACAGGAAACCAGAAGCUCCUCAGAGAGCAUCAUUUCCGUACCUGCUUCCAGCACCUCGGGGUCUCCAAGCCGCGUGAUCUAUGCGAAGCUGGGCGACGAGAUUCUCGACUACAGGGACUUGGCCGCCCUUCCGAAGAGCAAGGCCAUCUACAACAUCGACCGCCCCGACAUGAUCUCCUACUCGCCCUACGUCAGCCACUCAGGGGCGGGCAGGCAGAGCCGCAGCGAGUCCCCACAGGUGCUCUCGCCAACACCGACCGAGGGGGACCAGGAUGACCGUUCGUACAAGCAGUGCCGGACCUCCAGCCCCAGCUCCACCGGGUCCGUCAGCCUCGGGCGCUGCACCCCGACCUCACGGUCACCCCAGCACUACAGCCGCCCAGCUGGUACUGUGAGUGUUGGUACCAGUAGCUGCCUGUCCCUGUCCCAACACCCAAGCCCUACCUCCGUGUUCAGACAUCAUUACAUCCCCUACUUCCGAGGCAGUGAAAGUGGCCGGAGCACCCCCAGCCUCUCGGUGCUCUCAGACAGCAAGCCUCCCCCCUGCACCUACCAGCAGGCGCCUCGCCACUUCCACGUCCCAGACACUGGCGUAAAAGAUAACAUCUAUAGGAAACCCCCUAUCUACAAACAGCAUGCCGCCAGGCGACCGGACGGAGAGGACUGCAUUUUCGAGCAGGAGAACAGGAAGCAGAAAACCAGCUGGCUGAUUCUCAAGGGGGACACAGACACUAGUACUGACUCUCCAGACCUAGACAGCCAGUCCUUGUCCCUCAGCGGGACCGAUAGAGACCCUCUCCAAACAAUGCAAGGGGACAACUUUUACUCACGAUUCCCCUAUUCCAAAUCUGACCCUCUCCCAGGACACGGGAAGAAUGGCUUGGACCACCGGAACGCCAAUCUGGCCCCUUGUGGAGCAGACCCGGAUGCCGGCUGGGGCACGCGAGAAUACAAGAUCUACCCCUAUGACGCCCUCAUUGUCACAAACCGAAUUCGCGUGAAGCUGCCCAGGGACGUGGACCGGACCAGACUGGAGAGGCACCUGUCGCCUGAGGACUUCCGGGAAGUGUUUGGGAUGAGCGUGGAGGAGUUCGACCGCCUGGCCCUCUGGAAGAGGAAUGACCUCAAGAAGAAAGCCCUGCUGUUUUGACGGCCGCCAGCGGCAGAGCGCGGGACAGCCGGCGCGACCGCAGAACCCUUCCUCCCGCGCCUGGCCCUGGCUUCUCUGUGUCCCUGGGGGCGGGCGGUGGGCCCCCGGGGAGGGGGGGCUGGGGCAGGAGGAGGCCCCGCGUUUCUGCCAGCGGCGCUCCUGCCCCAGCCCCGAGCCCAGGCGCCCUGCUUCGCGCUCUCCUGUAACCCGCUGUUGCCUGGCCUCGCGGAGGCGCUGCAAAGAUGCUCCAGGGGCUUGAGGAACACCGUGCGCCGCCCCCUUCCUGACCCCUGUGAGGUGCCCCAGCCCCCGUGAUAGGCCCUGGUAGGGGGGAGGGCACAGAGGUGCCCGGGACUUGGGGUUCAGGAAGGUCUGUCAGUGGCAGACGCUGGCGCAACACAAUCACAGGUGUGUGGCCGCCUGCUCCGCACCCCCCUCCCCGACUUGCUCAGCCCCGGGGAGGCUCAGCCCUGCGCGCAGACAGGCCCGGCCAGGGAGCACGGUGCGGAGCGCCCAGGGCUGCCCGAAGCGAAGCGUGGGGUGCAUGAUUUUUGCAGCCGUGUGUGACGAGUCUGUUUUUAGGGACGACCGUCUACCAGACAGGGUACCUUCUGCCGGGGCCUCCACACACCGCAGUUUUCUUCCGAACCAUCCCCAGAUGCCUCAAUGAUAUCUUUAAAGUAACACAGAAGUUUUUAUUUUAUUAAAGAGCAUAGCCUACUUAAAGAUGAGAUGACGUAUAUAGAGUUUCAGCGCACGGUCCCGCGGAAGGGGGCGCCGCCAGCCUCAUUGCCCGCUCUUGGGACCUGUGUGGUCCCGCUUCCCCGGCACCCCCAGCGCUCGCGGCUCCUCGUCUGCUUUCUUUCUGCUUUUCUUCCUUUUCCCCUGCCGCACAGGUGCCCUUAAGGGCGGCCCUCGGCCACGUAACGCUGUUUGUGAGUUUGCGUGACAUGUAGCCACCGCUGUUUGCCUGGCCGUUAUUUUCCGCAUCCGGGAGGGAGAACAUUCUCCCCCGAUGGCCAAAGCCCCAGAACAAAGGGUUUCCACGCGCCCAGCCUAGUACCCAUCGUAGCUCUUGGUGUGGCCUUUUGUGACAUGGCUGGUGGUGCCCACCUCAGCCUGGUGCGUGCGAGGUCCGGGGAUGGGCAGCGGCCGCUGGGGAAGGAGGAGGGGAACACCCCCCUUUUCCGACCCCCGAGCCGGGCAGAGGGCCCCCAGCGGAAAGGCGUCCGCGCCUGGUAACGGGCCGGUGCCUGCUGGGUGGCUCGCAGAGUGGGUUGAGAGGUUGACGACUCAGUAGGAAGGUGUCACCAAAGUCUGUCUUCCCUGUACCCUGUGGAGCAGUGUCUUUCUGUGUGUCCUGGCCGCCCCGUCUGUGAGUCAGCGUUCCCCAGAUCCUCCCAGCCUCGCUGCGCACCCCGCGUCGCGCACCGGCUCCUCCCCCGCCCGGCCUGGCCAGGGACGGGGAGUUUGUAGCACUUAAUGCGCUUCCUUCCAUUUAGCAGUCUGAGCCCGAGCAACUGGAAACCCCCGUUUUCUCAUUAGUGCAAUGUCAUGUCAGCUCCCAGGGGAGCCUGGAAAAAUAAAGGUCGGUGUAUCCUAACUUGUGAAGGUCAAA